GCGACACACUGCGAUCGAGUGACAAGCACAGGCGUCCUGGAGUCUCACACGCUUACUUUAGCUCUCAGACAGCAAACCGGCACAUCAGUUCAGUGCGUCUCAUCAUCUUAGCCAGGGUCUGGGUAGGAAAGUCUGUCGGCUAAACAACCGACAGUGUAUCGUUUUUUGUUGUUUCUUUUUGUUGUUUUUUUUUUAACUCAUGUUCUUCGAAGUGCAUGCAUGUAAGCAUUGCCUAUAACGCGUUCGAAGAAUAGCUUGUCUAGAUUACAGGUUUCAUUUCGACACCUGUAUGACUGAAGAUCAGAAUGACUACGACAAUGGACUCGAACAACAACACCGGAGGAGUAAUCUCUUACAUCGGAUCAUGUGGAGGGUCUCCUAACCGCACCAGCCCAGUUUCCAUGUACAGCGAGAAUUCCAACAGCAGUCUGCAGUCCCUGACACAGCCAUGCUUUGGGUCAUUUUUUCCACCUUCACCUAACAGUUCCCAUGAUUCUACCCGUAUGUACACCAGCAGCAGUAGCUCCAGCAGUUCAGCAUGUGGUGAAGAUGGGAGCUCAUCAAGCUCAGGAGCGUCCCCAAGGGGUCGUGAUGAAAGCAGUGUCACAUACAACUCACCCAACAAAUCGGUUGCUACUCUUACAAAGCUAAAUGGAAUGGUGCUACUCUGCAAAGUCUGUGGGGAUGUGGCGUCAGGCUUUCAUUAUGGUGUCCAUGCCUGUGAAGGCUGCAAGGGCUUCUUUCGUCGGAGCAUCCAGCAGAAUAUCCAGUACAAAAAGUGCCUGAAGAACGAAACGUGUACAAUUAUGAGGAUCAAUCGCAAUCGGUGUCAGCAGUGCCGAUUCAAGAAGUGUUUGUCUGUUGGCAUGUCUCGUGAUGCUGUCCGUUUUGGUCGCAUCCCGAAGCGUGAAAAACAGCGCAUGCUAGCUGAGAUGCAGAGUGCCAUGAAUAACAUGGUGAACAACCAGCUGCAGAAUGAAUUUCAGUUGGCUACUCUCAACACCAGCACAUCCUCAUCCUCAUCAUCAUCUUCCUCAUCGCCCUGCCCAGGUCUGACAGUAGCUGCUCAGCCCCAGCCUUCUGCUGUGCCUGUAGCCCUUUCUCCCUUUCCACCAGCUUCAACAUCGCCUUCUGCUCAAACUGCUCAGAGCCCUCCUCGAAUUGCCACCUCUCCACCUCUGUGCCCUAGUCCAGGCCUGGACAGCACCAUCACUGCCAUUACCAAAGCUCAUCGUGAGACUUUUGUCUAUGCUCACGAUAAGCUAAGUGCAGCACUACAGUCUCAAAACGGGGUUGAGAUGGACAUCCACAACAGUAACUGCUUUGCUUCUGGCUACAAUAUGAAUAGCCAUGAUAUAAUAUAUCAAUCUAAUGCAGAGCUACAAGGCAAUGGCUUUGAACCAGAUAAUAAACAACACCUUCAAUCCUUAUUAGUCGCAAACCAGCAGCAGCAGAGGCUCCCACACCAAAACAAUGGACAAUACAUCCCCAACAGUAGCUGGUAUUUGGCUCAGCAGGCAAAAGGGAACAGCAACAAUAUCCAGGUGCAAAACUGCCCAUGGAAGACCCGCAAAGACAUUCUGCUGGCUUGUCCAAUGAACAUGCAUCCUCAGGCAGAUCCUAACAAGACACCACAGGAAAUUUGGGAAGAUUUCUCUCUAAGCUUCACACCAGCUGUGCGUGAGGUUGUGGAGUUUGCCAAGCAUAUCCCAGGUUUCAGCACUCUAUCCCAGAACGAUCAAAUCACCUUGCUGAAAGCAGGCACUUUUGAGGUGUUGAUGGUACGUUUUGCAUCCUUAUUUAACGUCAAGGAGAAGACUGUCACUUUUAUUUCGGGCACCACCUACAGCCUAGAAGCUUUGAAGAGUAUGGGAAUGGGAGCGCUGUUAGGAACCAUGUUUGACUUCAGUGAGAAACUCAGUGCAUUAGAGCUCUCCGCAGAGGAACUUGGUCUUUUCACUGCUGUGGUGCUGGUCUCUACAGAUCGCUCUGGUAUAGAAAACGUAAAGUCAGUGGAGAUGCUCCAGGACAGCCUGAUUAAGGCCCUUCGUACACUGGUCAGCAAGAGUGCCCCUGGUGAUGUCUCUCGUUUCACCAAGCUGCUUCUCAAACUGCCAGAUCUGCGCACCCUUAACAACAUGCACUCCGAGAAGCUUCUCUCCUUCCGCAUUGAUGCAUGAGGAGCUUUUGGCAGCUGUUACUGCAAGGCAACUGAGUCUACGGGAGUGGGUCCUGGUUGAGUUAAUUGACUUAACAAAUUUGCCAUUGGUGAUCCACCAGCAUACGCUUGGCUCUGAUGCUGCUUAAAGACUUGAACAAUGAUUACAGGUUUAAAGGAACGCACAAACACUGAGUGCGUUAGAACACUGACAUGACCAUAUUUUUUAAGGUCAUCUGCAUCACAUCAAAUGACAAUUCAGGUACUGUAACCAAUGACCUUGAAUAUUUUAAAUUCUUAAACUGAAGGAUAUAUUAUGGCAUGGGCCCUAAGGCCAGAUUUAUACUUUUGCAUUAACAUGAAAUCAUCAGCUUCCAUGCUUCCUGUACUAGACAUCACUCAGUUUACUUUAGGAGUUUUGCAUGGUAUCCCAUUGUCCAUCUGGAUUUUCUUAAACCUCUCAAAACCUGCUGGUAGAAUAAUUGAUUCUUCUAAAUUUCCACUCAGUGUGAAUGUGUGGACAUGGUGCCCUUUUAUUGACCGGCAUCCCAUUCAGGGUCGUAUUUCUGGCUCAUGACCAGCAUUCACAGGAUGAGCUCUGGAGCCAUUACAACCCUGACCAAGAUGAGAAUUUACUGAAGAUGAAAGAAGUACCAUGCAGUCUGUAUUUGAUUACACUCAUAUGUGUGAUCAUAUUGCACAGUUCCUACUUAUAACCAAGUUCCCUGCUUUUUUUCCACACAUCAAAUAUGGUCAAAUAUUAAAUAUUCAUAAAAUCUCAGAAAUUAUAACCAGAAAGCUGGAAUGUAGGAGGAUAAAACAGUACUUAAUUGUACUAAGAAUUGUCUGAACCAGGGUCCAAAGAAAAAGGGUCCUAAAAAUGGUCCAGAUCAGUAAUGCAAAUGAAAAAUCCGUCUUGCCACCACUACUCAAGUCCAUGCCACUUUGUACAAAUGUGUAAAUAUGAAUCUAUACUGACUUGAAAUGUUCAAAAAUGUAUAUAUUCUAUACAUAAAUAUAUUUUUUUGUAAAGUGUAAUUGCUGAAUACAAAGUUAUAUGAUAUAAAUGUAUGUCAAGUGUAAUCAGAUCUCA